AUGGAAAGCAUCCUUGACUCGAGUGGCACACCAGGGCCACCGCCAUACCUUCAAGAUGUCCUGGAAGUCAUGGAGGAGGGAACCAAGAAGUCUAUGAAGAAGGAUUUUGUCUCGCUCGACGACUUCAUCAGAUCGACCUCUCAAAAGGCUAAGAUCUUGGAGAAUCAUGAGGAUACGAACACUCUGAAGAAUGAUUUUACCUCGCGCGCAAAGAUCUUGAAGGAAAUUGAAGAAGCUUCCUCUUCUGGUGAUUCUGGUCAAUCAGAGAGUGACUCGGAAAGCGAUACCUCAAGUGUCACGAGUGGUGUUUCUUCUAGUGAUAAUGAUUCCAUGUCAUUCAAGAGUGCUUCAAGUGUUGCAACUUCAGAUGUCUAUCUGCAAGAUUCAGCCUCGGAAGUAACCAAACCCAAGACCACUGCUGAUCCUUGUGCAGGAGACAUUGAUCAUUGGGCGGGAGAGACAAAACUAAUGGGAGUUACCGAGAUGGAAAUCGAUCUUUCCGAAACGACUUUGGCAGACGAGAUGAAUCAAUACAAGGCUCAUGACCAGGACGAUGAUAACUGUUCCUCCAGUGACUAUUCUUCUGCUGUGAGUGAUGUCAGUGACGAUGACAGUACUUGUUCUUUUCAAUCCAGCGUCUUGGAUGAAAUUACAGAUGAGGACGAAUCGGUACAGAAAAAAGAAUCUAAAGUGAGGUUCAUCCAAAAAGUAAAGUUUGCCGAGGAUGUCGCGACUAUCGAGGAUGCUGACAAGUGCUUCCAAUUGGAUUUUCUCCGAUCCAAGCUGCAGUUUUCAACUUUCCAAGCCUCCUUGCUGGAGACGGCAUUCAAGGGUAUGAACAAGCGGAAAGAUCAGCGUAUUGUUCAGUUGGAGCAGGCUUUGGCGGCUUCAGAAGACAUGGUUGCUGGCCUUAUUGAUGAGGCAAACUCCCAAAACAAUGAGCGAGAAAUCGCAGAGUCGAUGUUGGAGAAUGCUCGAGAGCGGAUUGCCAAGCAAAGUGAAAAGAUUGCCAAGCAAAGUGAAAAGAUUGGUAGCUUGAAGUUUGAUAUCAUGGCGAAGGAUGAUGUCCAUUGUCACUUGCUCGAUGCCUUUGAUAAAUACGAAUCAAAGAAUCAAGAAAUUGCUUCGCUUGAAGAAACUGUCGACCAGUUGAAGGCCAACCAGAUCAAGAACGAUGCAGACAAUGUUGAAGUUGUGGGCCGUCUCGAAGAAGCUCAUCAAGAAAUGAAGCUUCUCACUACCGAAAAUGCCUUCCUGAAAGACGCCAUGACUAGUCUCCAAAGUACCGUUCCCAAACUCGAAUCAGAUUACAAGAUUCUGAAAGCCAAGUACGUCCUUCAAGAGCACUUGGCCAAGGUGAACAACCGCAAGCGUAAAGAGACUACUGCCCUCUUUGGCCUCAUGAAGCGACGAUUGGUCGAAAAGGUCGAAUCCUUGGAUCGCCAAAGCCAUGUUCUGACCAAUCGCCUCGAGCAACAUUUGGAAGAGCAAAAGAAGGAAGCUGUCCAAAAAGAGCUCUUGCAGUAUCAGUUGCAAGCCGCAAACGAGAGGUUGCACCGUUUCCAAAAGGCAGCAAAAAAAGCUGCAAAACAUUCUGAGCAGGGUGUCGAGAAGCAAGUGAUUGCCCAAGUCGUGAAUAAGGAACGCGUUAAGAGUGACCUGAAUUCCUCCGAGAAGGUGACCAAGGCCCUUGAAAGCAAGUUGGAACAAAUGAAAAUGCAAACCAAGGACAAGGAAGUCGUCUCCUUGCAAGCCAAGCUUCGAUUUGCCAACGCCAAGGAAUCGCUUCUCAGCAAGGCGUUGUCCAUCAAGAACUCGGAUAAUAUGGAACAAGAAGAUCGAUUGAAGGAAAUGUCUGAGAAGCUGGCUUCUUUGCGUUCAAAUCUAUGCAUGAAGCUUUCUGAGAAUCAACUCUUGGUGGCCAAGCUCCAAGAGUUGGAGGAGCAAAAAAAGGAGCAUUCAGAAGCUGUUGUAGAAACCACUUCCAAUCCUUCAGAAUCCGAAAAGAGCGCUGACAGCACGAUGAAGCCAAAGAGCUGCAAUCGCAAGGUCAACAGUUUGGAAGCCGAACUCAGCCUCUUGCAAGUUCCCGAUGUAAUUAUCGCAGAUGCUACUCUUGUUGACUCUUGGAGUGUCGAGGAAUCCGAAAAGAUUCUCGAUGAUUUUGAUGACUUGAUCAAGACAAGUGUCGCAAAUGAAGAGGCUGGACUUGCUUCAAAAGUCAAAAACGACAAAGAAGAGGACGAAGAGGAGUGGGACUUUCUUUCUCAUUCUUCCCCUAUGGAGCAACAGGAAUUGUGGUGUUGA